CUAAGAUGGAGGUCGAUUUAGUGCACGUCCUGGCAGUAGUUGCUACAAUUGGACUACUAUAUCACUGGUUGACGAAAGAUCACGGUUAUUUCCAUAGCAAACCGAUCCCAUCGUUGCCGGUCAAACCGAUCGUUGGCAGCACUGCCGAGUUGCUUUUUAGAAAAUGUUCAUUCACCGAGUAUAUCAAGCGCGUUUACGAUCAAUUUGAGGGCGUAAAAGUAUUCGGUCUAUUCGAUGCCAACCUGCCAUUUUUUGUGGUUCGUGAUCCGAAGCUGAUUAAGCACAUCGGCAUCAGGGACUUUGACUACUUCAUGGACCACCGGCCGAUCUUCGGCCGAAGUGAUAGCGACCAUCCCGAUCUGGUGUUUGCGAAAUCCUUGUUCGUGCUGAACGAACAGAAAUGGAAGAACAUGCGAAUCACCCUUAGUCCGGCAUUCACCGGUUCCAAGAUGCGGCAGAUGUUCGAGCUGGUGGUGGAAUGCUGCGAGAGUACGGCUACGUUUUAUCGGGAUGAAUGGUUAAGCAAAGGAACAGCGCAGGUAUAUGAAGUGAAGGAUGUGUUUUCGAGAUAUUGCAACGAUGUGAUUGCAACCUGCGCCUUCGGAAUUAAGGUGGACUCGUUUAGGAAUCGAGAAAACGAGUUUUUCUGCCAUGGAAGAGAUAUGUUCAAAUUCAUCGGGUUCAAAGCGAUGUUGCGUACGUUCGGUCAUCGAUACAUCCCGUCCGUUAUGAGCUAUUUGGGUAUUGAUUUCAUCGAACAUUAUCACAACAUCUACUUCUCGUCGAUAAUAAAAAAUGCAGUGAGCAUGCGUGAAAAGCAAGGAAUUUUCAGACCGGACAUGGUUCAUCUGUUGAUGCAGGCAAGGAAAGGCAUAUUGAAGCAUCAACACGAGAAAGCACAGAAAGAAGGAUUCGCAACCGUGGAGGAGUCCGAUAUCGGGAAAGGCGUCUCGUCGCAUUCAAUGUCCGAAGUCGAAAUGAUAGCUCAAUGUUUGCUUUUCUUCCUGGCAGGAUUCGACACGGUAUCUACCAAUCUAACCUUUCUAACAUAUGAAUUAACUAUCAAUCCAGAUGUGCAGAAUAAGUUAUACGAGGAGAUUGUGGCCACACACGAAUCUUUGAACGGGGGUCCAUUGAAUUACGAAACACUUCAGAAAAUGCACUACAUGGAUAUGGUAGUAUCCGAAUCGCUACGAAAGUGGCCUCCGGUGCCUGCAGUAGAUCGACUCUGCGUGCGAAAUUACGAACUGGACGAUGGAGAAGGUUUGAAGUUCACUAUCGACAAGGGAACGGCGGUGUGGUUCCCGGUGCAGGGAUUGCACCAUGAUCCGAAAUACUUUCCAAAUCCGGAGCAGUUUAUACCGGAGCGUUUCAGUGAUGAAAACAUAGGUAACAUCGAUCUCGGGACGUAUCUGCCGUUUGGGAUCGGACCGAGAAACUGUAUCGGAUCGAGGUUUGCCCUUAUGGAGGUUAAGGCUAUUGUGUACUACAUGUUGCUGAACUUUAGCUUUGAAAUGACGGAGAAAACGCAGGUUCCGUUGCAACUCGCCAACGGGUAUAUCGGAUUACAUUCCAAAGAGGGAUUGUUUGUAGAGUUUAAACCGCGUAGGUCAGCUAUAGCUAGUGACUGAUAUGUUAAUGACUGUAUGUCGAUCGUGUGAUGUCAUAUGUAUGGUGCAGUAUAUAUAAUAAACUUGAGGAACGUUUACAAAAAUAGAAAA